CCGGGAAAGAGAGAAUGAAGUAGGAACCCGCGAUGGAGCCGGAAUCAACCCCGGUCUCCAGAGUCAGAGCAGCUGCGUCUAGGGGGGGAUUCCUCUUAGCCUGGAUUGUCUUCUGUUCUACCUGUGGCCUGGCCUUCACCCAGGGAGAUCCUGAAGAUGUGGAUGUCCUCCAACGGCUGGGCCUCAGUGGGAAGAAGUCAGCUGGUGGACGGGCCCCGGGGCUGGCCCCCAUCCCUCCAGGAGUCAUCCCAUUUCAGUCAGGAUUCAUCUUCACACAGCGGACCCGCAUUGAAGCCCCCACCCGAGCCAUCAUUCCUGCCACCUUUGGCACUGAGCUGACCUUGGUGCUGAGCCUCUGUUCCCACCGUGUCAAUAAUGCCUUCCUCUUUGCUGUCCGGAGCAGCAGGAAGAAGUUGCAGUUGGGUGUUCAGUUCAUUCCUGGCAAGAUCAUCCUCUACUUGGGCCAGCGGCGCUCCCUGGCCUUCAGUUACGAUGUGCAUGAUGGGCGGUGGCACCACUUGGCCAUCAGUAUCCGAGGUCGGGUGGUCACCCUCAUUACUUCCUGUGGGAAGCACCAGAUACCCAUGGAUUUGCAUUUUAAAAAAGAUGUAUCUCUUGAUCCUGAGGGGUCUUUCCUCUUUGGGAAGAUGAACCAACACUCAGUCCAGUUUGAGGGUGCAGUGUGCCAGUUCAAUAUUUAUCCUUCUGCCAAGGCAGCUCAUAAUUACUGUAAAUAUCUGAAGAAGCAGUGCAGACAGGCUGACACAUACCGGCCACUCUUGCCCCCACUCCUUCCCCUACUUCCCCAGGACCCUGAUGCCAAUGUCCACCUUGGCCUCCAGACUGAUGCUUCUCUGCAGAGCCUGAGGAACCUGACCACUGUGAUGCCUCCACUGGCAUCCCUUCAAAUUGCCAAGACUACCCAGGCCUUGCCCAGAGCACCAGGCAAAGGUGCCAAGAUAACAGUGGUGCCUUCAGCACUGACCAGCCCUGGGUUGGUGGUGCCCCCCCACCAACCUAUGAGGACUAGCACUGUGGAUCCUUGGUCAUCCCGAUCAACCCCAAUGAGUGGUCUGGUCUGGACCAUACCAGUGACUGCAAAGCCAUUGCCUUUGUCUUCAGGCAAACCUUCCUCCUCUGUGCUCAGGUCUGCACUGACCACCUCCCAGAGCAGCUCCACCAAACCUCCCAUUCCUGCCAUGAUGCCUGUGCCACCCACAUCCAAAGCCAGUGUGGUUAAGAUUCCCUAUAUUCCUAUUAAGCCAGUAACUCCUUCUGUCACUGUGGUCCCAGCUAAGAGGCCCCAUGCCAUCGUCAAGCCAGUGCUAACCUCUCCAUCUAAGAGCUUCCCUUCCAACAUGAAGCCAGUGCCCCUUGGCUCCCAAAUCAUCCCUGCCAAAGCCCCAUCUCCUCCUACAGUGAAGCCCACACUUCAGAACUCUGCAACAGCCAAAACUCCUUUUCCCACCGCCAGGCCAGUGCCUCCUGCUGUACGGUCCUCCCCUCCCGUCACCACCAAGACAGUGUCCCAGGGCUCCAGAGCCAGUAUGGCCAGAAACCUUCCUUCUACCAGCAAGCCAGUGUUGGCUUAUACUGGCACAGCCAAGCUGACCCACCCUUCAAUUAAGCCAUCCUUGCCAGCCUCAGGUUCUAGCCUAGCCCAGACUCCUAGGCCCCCAGUGAAACCAGUGUUUCCUACCACGGGGAUCAAAUUGCCCAGAACAAUACCUCCCACCUUCUACCCAGGCUCUCCUCCUGGUCUCAAUUCCACUGGCAGCAAGAAGGUGGCUGAGUCCACUGUGAAGAAGAAAUCAACUCCAAAGAGUACCCCCUGGCCACCUAGCCAUCCAAGCCCUAGGAAGACUGGAGAUCCACCUAGUACUGUCUCCUUCCCUUCAAGCCUGAAGAAUCUGACUGCUCGGCCCAUCCCCAAACAGGCUCAGCUCAGUCGUACGGCUGCCACGGUUCUCACGCAGCACCCCGCCUCCAGCUCUCGGUUUGUGGGUGCCAUCACCCUCACUCACACAGAUGGUUACCUGUUCUUUGACCCGAUUGGGCCCACCUUAUUCCCAUUGCUGUUGGGACCUCCGGGGCAGAAGGGAGACCCUGGCUUCCCAGGCCCCCCCGGCUUGCCUGGGUUGCCUGGAAUAUCAGGCAGAAGAGGACCCCGGGGUCCCCCUGGGCCUCAUGGCAACCCUGGUCCUCCUGGCCCUCCUGGUGCAAAGGGACAAAAAGGAGAUCCUGGGCUAUCCCCUGGAAAGGCCUAUGAUGGUGAAAAGGGAGACAUAGGCUUACCUGGACUGACUGGGACUCCAGGACCAAUUGGCCGAAAGGGGCUGAAAGGCUAUCCUGGACCAUCUGGACAUCCUGGAGACCAGGGGGAGCCAGGACCAGAAGGGAGUCCGGGAGCCAAAGGCUAUCCUGGCAGGCAGGGAUUACCUGGGCCAGUAGGAGAACCUGGACCCAAAGGCAGUCGGGGGUAUAUUGGUCUCCCAGGGCUCUUUGGCCUUCCAGGACUUGAUGGAGAAAGGGGGCCUCCUGGAGUUCAUGGCAAGAGGGGCAAGAUGGGUAGGCCGGGAUUUCCUGGUGAUUUUGGGGAAAGAGGCCCCCCCGGAUUGGAUGGCAACCCUGGAGAGCUGGGUGCCCCAGGCCCACCUGGAGUUCAUGGACUUAUUGGUGACAUGGGAGUUAUUGGUCCAAUUGGCUACCCAGGACCCAAGGGAAUGAAGGGGCUUAUGGGAAACAUCGGAGAACACGGACUGAAAGGUGAUAAGGGCGAUCAAGGGCUGCCUGGUGUGCCCGGAGAUAUCGGAUUCCAAGGAGAUAAGGGGAGCCAGGGAAUGUCAGGGUCACCAGGUGCUCGAGGAAAGCCAGGCCCCCCAGGCAAAUCUGGUGACAAAGGACCAGUUGGAUUUCCUGGGCCUCCAGGCCCUGAGGGAUUCCCAGGGGAUAUAGGGCCACCAGGCCAGAAUGGUCCAGAAGGUGCGAAGGGCAAGCCAGGAGCCCGAGGCUUACCAGGACCGAGAGGAGAGCUUGGGCAGGAGGGAGAUGAAGGACCAAUGGGGCCACCAGGAUCCCCUGGGUUAGAGGGUCAACUUGGCAGGAAAGGAUUUCCAGGAAGGCCUGGCCCUGAUGGCUCCAAGGGUGAGCCAGGAAAUUCAGGUCGGCCUGGAAGAAUGGGUGAGCAGGGCCUGAUGGGAUUUAUCGGUCUGGUUGGAGAGCCAGGAAUCGUCGGAGAGAAGGGUGGCCGAGGUGCAAUGGGACCACCAGGUCCUCCUGGAGCCAAGGGGUCGAUGGGUCAUCCUGGGACAGCAGGUGGAGUCGGAGAUCCUGGAGACCCCGGGCCCCCAGGACCUCCUGGAACUCGUGGGCCAUUGGGGAUGCGAGGAGCAAAAGGACGUCGGGGGCCCCGAGGACCAGAUGGACCAGCAGGGGAGCCAGGGUCACAAGGUGUCAAGGGCCCUCCAGGAACACAGGGCAAACAGGGCCUGGAUGGACAGCAGGGCCAGGAAGGCGAAAGAGGGGAGAUGGGGCCUCGUGGCUUCCCGGGAAUCCCGGGUCCUUCCGGCCCUCCAGGGGCUAAAGGCAUUCCAGGAGAACCGGGCCCUCAAGGACCACAGGGACUGGUUGGCCCAUUGGGAGAGAUUGGACCAAAGGGACCUCCUGGUGCUUUGGGAGAGCCUGGCCUUCCAGGUGAAGCUGGGAUGAAGGGCGAUUUUGGACCUUUGGGCAUCUCUGGAGAGCAAGGUCUGGUUGGUCAGCGGGGAGAGACAGGGCUGGAGGGAGAUAGUGGCCCAGCUGGACCUGACGGUCUGAAGGGAGACAAGGGUGAGCCAGGCCCGGAUGGCGAGCGAGGAGAGAAAGGCAAAGAAGGCCUGAAAGGCAAAGAAGGUCCCCCUGGCUAUCCUGGCGUCACAGGUGUCCGGGGUCCAGAAGGAAAACCAGGCAAACAAGGCGAGAAGGGACGAACUGGACCCAAGGGUGUGAAGGGCUACCAAGGGCACCUCGGUGAAAUGGGUGUUCCAGGAGAGCCUGGGCCAGCUGGCAAUCAAGGCCCAAAAGGAUCCCGAGGCACGCUGGGACCAACGGGUGCUCCAGGAAGGAUGGGAGCUCAAGGAGAACCUGGAUUGCCUGGUUAUGAUGGACACAAAGGACUACUGGGACCCAUUGGACCCCCAGGGCCAAAAGGCGAGAAGGGAGAACAAGGCGAUGAUGGGAAGACUGAGGGCCCUCCGGGGCCUCCUGGAGAUCGGGGUCCAGUGGGUGAUCGUGGAGACCGAGGGGAGCCUGGAGAUCCUGGAUACCGUGGCCAGGAGGGUGUUGAAGGAAGCAGAGGAAAAGCUGGUCAGCAAGGCUUACCGGGAUAUCCUGGACCCCAGGGACGACCAGGACCCAAGGGAUCAAAGGGUGAAGAGGGUCAGAAAGGGAAACAAGGAAAGCAUGGAGAAGCGGGCAGCCGAGGAAUGCAGGGCCUGGUGGGGCAGCCAGGGCCUCAGGGUGUGGUGGGAAGACAAGGCCAAGAAGGUCCCCCUGGUCUGGAUGGAGUUCCUGGGAAGGAUGGCCAAACUGGACAGCAGGGGGAACAGGGAGAUGAUGGAGAAGUUGGACCCAUUGGCCCCGCAGGCAGGAGAGGAAAUCCAGGUGUAGCUGGUUUGCCUGGAGCGCAGGGACCCCCGGGAUUCAAGGGUGAAAGUGGGCUGCCUGGACAGCUGGGCCCUACUGGCAAGCGAGGGACAGAGGGAGGAACGGGGCUCCCUGGGAGCCAAGGGGAGCCAGGAUCCAAAGGCCAGCCGGGUGACUUUGGAGAAAUGGGAUUCCCCGGGAUUGCUGGCCUCUUUGGACCCAAGGGGCCUCCAGGAGAUCUCGGUUUUAAAGGAAUCCAGGGUCCCCGGGGGCCACCAGGUUUGAUGGGAAAAGAAGGUGUCAUUGGACCCUUGGGGAUCCUAGGCCCAUCUGGAAUUCCGGGUCCAAAAGGAAACAAAGGAAGCCGAGGAGAUAUGGGAUUGCAAGGCCCAAGGGGUCCUCCUGGCCCCCGAGGACGUCCUGGCCCUCCGGGCCCUCCUGGGAUCCCCAUCUUAUUUCAGCGAGAUGACCUCGGCACAGCUUUUCAGACGUGGAUGGACUCCAACAGCGCACUUAGGACAGAGCAGGGCUACUCCCAUUCAGACCUCCUGGUGUUGGACCAGGGUGGGGAGAUCUUUAAGACCUUACACUACCUCAGCAGCCUCAUCCAGAGCAUCAAGAAGCCUCUAGGAACCAAGGAGACCCCAGCCCGGAUCUGUCGGGACCUCAUGAACUGUGAGCAGAAGAUGGCCGAUGGUACAUACUGGAUCGACCCAAACCUUGGCUGUUCUUCAGACACCAUUGAAGUCACCUGUAAUUUUACCAAAGGUGGACAGACAUGUCUCCGGCCCAUCAUUGCUUCAAAGGUGGACUUUGCCGUUGGUCGGGUCCAGAUGAAUUUCCUUCACCUGCUGAGCUCUGAGGUGAUCCAGCACAUCACCAUCCACUGCCUCAACAUGUCCGUAUGGCAGGAAGGGACAGGCCAGGUGUCCCCUAAACAAGCCGUGCGCUUCCGAGCCUGGAAUGGGCAGAUCUUUGAAGCUGGGGGCCAGUUUGAGCCAGAGGUGUCCUCAGAUGAUUGCAAGGUUCAAGAUGGCCGCUGGCACCAGACACUGUUCACUUUCCGGACGCAAGAUCCCCAUCAGCUGCCCAUAGUCAGUGUCUACAACCUCCCACCAGCUACCCCUGGGAAGCAAUACCGCCUGGAAGUUGGACCUGCGUGUUUCCUCUGAACUAUGACCUCCAUGCCACUCCAUGUCAUUCCAGGACUCUGUGGAUCCACGACAUGGGGAGGAUGAACAUGGAGGAGGGAGUGUCCAACCCUCUUCUGCAGAGGCAGCUGGGCCAGGGGAAGGAAGAGGAGGAGGUGCCCACACCCUCUCCAUCUCCAAAGUGGGCUGAGUGCCCACUGAUACACACUCCACCCCUGCCUGGGGAAGGCCCAUGACCCUAGGACAGGUCAUGCUUGUCACCUGCAGGGUGGAGGCAUGUGUGGGGCAUCAGGGGAAGGGAUGGCCCUGGGAUAGGCUGUCCUGGGGUUAGCCCUAGCCAGUAGCUAUGAGGAUGAAGGUGUGAGGCCCGCCCCAAGCCAUCCCAUCUCCAUCCAUCAACCAAAGAACCAUCCAAAAGUGGUGACAGCCACAACCCAACCCGCAUUCCCCUAUUUCUCUGUUACCAAGUCUCCAUGUCUCCCAGACCUUUGCCUCCCCAGUUCUCUGCCAGGCAGGGAGAGAGGGACUAAAUAAUUCAGGCUCCCCAGUAGCUUUAGAAAAGGGUUGGGUAAUCUUUCCCUUCACUCCCUGCCAGGAAGCUUUUGAUGUGCAAUAUUAGAAAAGAUGGAUGAAACAGGAAAAAAGUAUAAAUAUAUAUAUAUUUUUAUUUAAACGAAGAAAUAGGAAAUUACUGCUCUUUCCCCAUAGGUGGCCACCUAAUGUCCCACAAUGGGAAGGGAGAGUGGGGGGAAGAAAGAGAGCAAAAGGGAAAG